AUGAGUUAUACAUUCAAUGGAUUUAUAACAUUUUGUAUUAUGAUCUUAAUAUUGAAUAAACAAUUUUAUGAAUUAAAUGCUGCUUAUCUACCAUUUAAUUAUCGAUGGCCAAUUGUACCAUAUAUGGAUGAUGAUGACGAUGGAUUACCACAUCGUAUACUUCCAUCUGUUUCUUCAUUAUCACAUUUACAUAAAAGAGGUCCAGAAUUAAUUAUUCCAUUUAUUAGUGGUGGUGUUCCAGCAAAGAAAUCAGAUAUUGAUUAA